CGAUUCCUGUCCUCGACACAGAUUUUGGGGGUUGUAGAAAUCGCCCCCGUCUCGGUCGUCUAACACCCCCCUGUUUCUGACUGUAAGAUGGUACAGCUGAAGGGGGGUCGACUGUUUUAUUAAGUUCCCACCUGGCAAGAAACAAACCUCAUUGACUGUGAGAAGACGGAUCUGACAGCAGAUAUGGAGUUUGUGGAAGUAUUUGACUCUCCAGGAAAAGGCCGAGGUCUGAGGGCCACUAAAGAACUUUGGGCUGGAGAUGUUUUAUUUUCUGAACCUCCCUUUGCUUCGGUGGUCUUUGACAGUCACGCGGCCAAUGUUUGUCACAGCUGUUUUCGGCGUCAGGAGAAGCUGCAGCGCUGUGGACAGUGCAGGUUUGCGCAGUACUGCGACAGGACGUGUCAGCGCGCGGCCUGGGAGGAACACAAACUUGAAUGUGCCGCCAUUAAAAGCUACGGCAAAGCACCCAGUGAAAAUGUCCGUCUGGCCGCUCGUAUCAUGUGGCGUACAGAUAAGCACGGCAGUAUCGUCUCAGACCUGCAGCUCAGUAGCCUGGAUGAUUUAGAAGAUCACCUCAAUGACAUCCCUGAAGAAGAUCACAAGGACUUCAAAGUCGACAUCCACAAUUUCUUAGACUACUGGCCUCGUUCCAGCAAACCUCACACGGUAGACAGCGUUUCACACGUCCUCGGAGUGAUCAACUGUAAUGGAUUCAUGGUGAGCGAUCAGAGAGGGCUUCAGGCGGUGGGUGUCGGCUUGUUCCCAAACCUUUGUCUGGUCAACCACGACUGCUGGCCAAACUGCACCAUCGUCCUGAACAACGGCAAUCAAUCGGCUGUUGAUACAGCGUAUCACUCACAGAAGAGAAUCGAGCUGCGUGCGCUGGGUAAGAUCAGUCCUGGAGAAGAAGUGACCGUGUCUUAUGUGGACUAUCUGAACCUGUCUGAAGAUCGCAGACGUCUUCUGAAGCAGCAGUAUUUCUUCGACUGCACCUGUGAACAUUGCACCAACAAAACCAAAGAUGACCUGAAGAUGGCCGGAGCUGUGGUUGAAGGAGUCCCGGUUCCAGAAGAGAAGGUCAAAGAAAUAACAGAAUACAGUCGACAGAUGUUGGAGAAGAUGGAAAAGGCUCGGCUUGAUGCGAACUAUAAUGAGGUGGUGAAGAUCUGCAGAGAGUGUGUGGAGAAACAGGAGAACGUCCUUGCCGAUACUCACAUCUAUCAGCUGAGGAUGUGGAGCACGCUCAGUGAGGUUCUGUCAUAUCUGCAGUUCUUUGAGGAGGCAUCUACCUUCGCACGCAAGAUGGUGGAGGGAUACCUGAAGUUGUAUCAUCCAAACAACGCUCAGUUGGGAAUGGCCACAAUGAGAGCAGGAGUGACACACUGGCAGGCUGGAAACAUCGAAGUCGGUCAUGGCAUGAUCUGCAAGGCCUACGCUAUUCUGAUGAUCACACACGGGCCGACCCAUCCUAUCACCAAAGACCUGGAGGCCAUGCGCAUGCAGACAGAGAUGGAGCUGCGCAUGUUUAAACAGAACGAAUACGUUUAUCACUCGAUGCGUGAGGCGGCGCUGAAGAACCAGCCCAUGAGGAUGAUGGCAGAACCCGCCGCUGAUAGCAUCAAAAAUCUGUUCCGCAGGAAGUGACCUCACACAUACAAUGACAUCAGCACACUGUAUAUGACUGCACACGCUCACGUCAGCCGUCAGAGAAACGUACUACUCGUUUAGACAUUUAGAGAUUUAUUGGAAACACUUUUCUAAAUGUCAUAUGGAUUGUUUUUGAGUUUCAUUAUAAAUUGUAAAAAGUUUUAUAAUUAAAGUUUUAUCAGGUUUGAAAGUG